AUGGAAUCUGGGAGAAGGGGAUGGAAUCUGGGAGAAGGGGAUGGAAUCUGGGAGAAGGGGGUGGAAUCUGGGAGAAGGGGAUGGAAUCUGGGAGAAGGGGAUGGAAUCAGGGAGAAGGGGAUGGAAUCUGGGAGAAGGGGAUGGAAUCUGGGAGAAGGGGAUGGAAUAUGGGAGAAGGGGAUGGAAUCUGGGAGAAGGGGAUGGAAUCGGGGAGAAGGGGAUCGAAUGAGGGAGAAGGGGAUGGAAUGUGGGAGAAGGGGAUGGAAUCUGGGAGAAGGGGAUAGAAAGCCGGGAGAAGGGGAUGAAAUCUGGGAGAAGGGGGUGGAUUCUAUGAGAAGGGGAUGGAAUCUGGGAGAAGGGGAUGGAAUCUGGGAGAAGGGGAUGGAUUCUGGGAGAAGGGGAUGGAAUCUAGGAGAAGGGUAUAGAAUCUGGGAGAAGGGGAUGAAAUCUGGGAGAAUGGGAUGGAAUUUGGGAGAAGGGGAUGGAAUCUGGGAGAAAGGGAUGGAAUCUGGGAGAAGGGGAUGGAAUCUGGGAGAAGGGGAUGGAAUCUGGGAGAAGGGGAUGGAAUCAGGGAGAAGGGGAUGGAAUCUGGGAGAAGGGGAUGGAAUCUGGGAGAAGGGGAUGGAAUCUGGGAGAAGGGGAUGGAAUCAGGGAGAAGGGGAUGGAACCUGGGAGAAGGGGAUGGAAUCUGGGAGAAGGGGAUGGAAUCAGGGAGAAGGUGAUGGAAUCUGGGAGAAGGGGAUGGAAUCUGGGAGAAGGGGAUGGAAUCAAGGAGAAGGGGAGAAGGGGAUGGAAUCUGGGAGAAGGGGAUGGAAUCUGGGAGAAGGGGAUGGAAUCUGGGAGAAGGGGGUGGAAUCUGGGAGAAGGGGAUGGAAUCUGGGAGAAGGGGAUGGAAUCAGGGAGAAGGGGAUGGAAUCUGGGAGAAGGGGAUGGAAUCUGGGAGAAGGGGAUGGAAUAUGGGAGAAGGGGAUGGAAUCUGGGAGAAGGGGAUGGAAUCGGGGAGAAGGGGAUCGAAUGAGGGAGAAGGGGAUGGAAUGUGGGAGAAGGGGAUGGAAUCUGGGAGAAGGGGAUAGAAUCCGGGAGAAGGGGAUGAAAUCUGGGAGAAGGGGGUGGAUUCUGGGAGAAGGUGAUGAAAUCUGGGAGAAGGGGAUGGAAUCUGGGAGAAGGGGAUGGAAUCUGGGAGAAGGGGAUGGAAUCUGGGAGAAGGGGAUGGAAUCAAGGAGAAGGGGAUGGAAUCUGAAAGAAGGGGAUGGAAUCUGGGAGAAGGGGGUGGAAUCUGGGAGAAGGGGAUGGAAUAUGGGAGAAGGGGAUAGAAUCUGGGAGAAGGGGAUGGAAUCUGGGAGAAGAAAGAUGGAACCUGGGAGAAAGGGAUGGAAUAUGGGAGAAGGGGAUGGAAUCUGGGAGAAAGGGAUGGAAUAUGGGAGAAGGGGAUGGAAUAUGGGAGAAGGGGAUGGAAUCUGGGAGAAGGGGAUGGAAUAUGGGAGAAGGGGGUGGAAUCAGGGAGAAGGGGAUGAAAUCUGGGAGAAGGGGAUGGAAUCUGGGAGAUAG